AUGAGUAAGCGAAACAACAACAAGAGCCACCAUGGUAACGGCGGCAAUUUCAAGAACCAAAACAGAAACAACGUACACAAGCAUCACAAAUAUCAAGGUGGUCACAACAACCAGAGACCCGCACAACAUAAGCAACAGCCAGGCAAAAAGGUCGAAAAGGUCAACACAAGCAUCAAGGCACCCUUGUUUGACAAAUCCAAGCUGCUCUCCUCCUGGAAAAUCAAUCGCAGAGUUGGCCCUGGUUAUGUCAAUGGCCAGAAUACGUGCUUUUUGAAUUCAGUGCUGGAAUGUCUGACUUACACUCCACCAUUGGCACAACAAAUGUUGAGAGAGGAACAUCAAAAGCAGUGUCGUAUGGAUGGAUUUUGUGCUCUCUGUGCCAUGGAGUUGCAUGUGAGGCGCUGUUUGAAGGAUGAAAAGAGCUUCUCCAAGGGUGCUGCUAUUCUUCCUAGAUACUUUACAUCCAAUUUGCGAGCCCUUUCAAAAACAUUGCGCUUGGGUCGACAAGAAGAUGCACAUGAGUUUUAUAUGUUUAUGCUAUCCGCAUUUCAGAAGGCUUCCAUCCAAGGAUUAGGUAAAUUACCACCCAAAGUAGAGGAAACAGCUCUUGUGUAUCAGAUCUUUGGUGGCAAGCUUCGAUCACAACUCAAGUGUUACAGCUGUAAAGCAACAUCCGACAACUACGAAGCCUGUCUUGAUUUGAGUGUGGAUCUUACCAACAAGGCGGAUUCCCUGAAGAAAGCAUUUGAGAAUUUCAUCAAGGUGGAUGUGAUUGGCAGCGACGAUCCCAACAACCGAUACAAAUGCGACCACUGCAAACAAAUGGUCAAGGCAGGAAAGCAAAUGACGAUCAAUGAGCUCCCCAUGAUGCUUACUAUUCAUUUGAAGCGUUUUGCCUUUGACAUGUACCGUGGCUGUAUGAGCAAGAUUACAACGUUUGUGGAUUACCCAGAGACACUGGAUAUGGCACCUUAUACCAGUCAGGACAAGAAGAUAAAAAAGGCCGAGUACAAUCUGUAUGCUGUGCUAGUGCAUUAUGGUUAUAGCUGUGAUUCGGGCCACUAUUAUGCCUAUGUCAAAGCACCCAAUGGACAAUGGAAUCGAAUGGAUGAUGAAGAUGUGACACCUGUGUCUCUCAAAGAAGUGCUAUCGCAAACUGCCUAUAUGCUGUUCUAUCAACAAUCUUCCAUCACAACCACCGCCGAUAUUGCUAUACCAGCUGCUGCUCCACCCUCCAUCUCUACCACCAAAUUACCCGAGCAACUAUUACCCCUGGCGGUGUCCGAACCUAUCCCCAAAAAGGUGUUGGUAGAUAUCACAGCAAAGAAACCAUCCACACCCGAGAGAAGAGUCAAAUUUGUUGAUCAAUCUGCCGCCAUCUCAGAUAACCCUCGUGCUUGGACAGUGAGUUCAACAGAUAGACCUCGUAGAUCACUUCGCGGUAACCUGUCGCCCGAAACCUACUCUGCCAACGUGGGUGACAUUAGCGCAUGGAGCAUUCUUACAAAAGAACAGCUUCGAAAGAAACAGCAGGAAAAGAAAAGACGUCGUUUCCGCAUCAAAUUGGAGUCAAAAAAGAACCCUUGGGUUGUUGGCAAUCCUUAUUAA